AUGGCAAUCCCUUACCCGAGCGGAUAUCCUUUGCCGGGGUAUGGCUGCGGAGGUGGAGCAGGAGUUGGCACCUUCGCCGAGUUCCUUGAGCGACGGCGGCAGUACACCGGAUACAUUGAUCGGCAAGUACCAUAUGAGGUGCUGUUGCCCGCCCCAUGUGGGCACUGCGGGAUGCUCCAAGAUCUCAGGCGGGAUUGGGACACAUAUAGCCACAUCGACGGAGAUGUGCCGCCGGACCUGGUCCUGGACGGGUCGCUCGCCCAACAGAUCGAGCACAUCGCCUUCGAGGGGAGCUCCUGCUUCACGUGCGCCAAGAAGAUCUUCCUCGCGACGACCGAUUGGAUCGACGAGGACGAUGGCUACGACACACCACUGCACUACGCCGCCAGGUCCGGAAACCUCAGGAUGCUUUUCCACUUACUUUGUCUGCUCGGCGAUGGGUAUGGUCAUGAGGCGCAGUACGCGGUGCUGGUGCUCAGGAAGCUCAACGGUCGUCGGGAGACGGCCUUGCACGAGGCCAUCAGGCUGGGAACAAACUCAAUGUGCAUGGUCGGGAUGCUCAUGUGGGUGGAUCCACACCUGGCGCUGCAUCCCAGAGCUGGCACCUCGCCGCUAUACCUGGCCGUCUCCUUGGGUGAAGAGCACAUCGCAAAGAUGUUGCACCGUACAAGUGGCGGCAACCUCUCAUACUCCGGUCCAGAUGGACAAAACGCGUUGCAUGCCGCGGUUCACCAUCCAUACGGUAUGGUACAACUGCUACUAGAUUGGAACAAUGAUCUUAGCGAACACAAGGACAAAAAUGGCUGCACCCCUCUUCACUCGUUGGUUUCGGUGCAGUCUGAAGAUUACAUUCCUAGAUUUUUUUUUUGUUUCCAUAAUGUCAAGUCGCUGUUGGAAAAACAUGCAACAAGGCAGGUACUUGGUGCUAACCCAUCCGCAGCAUAUCAGCAUGACAGUAAUGGUUUGUUACCUGUACACAUCGCUGCCUUGAUGGAUAGGAAGGUUGCCAUCGGUAUUCUCCUCAAAAGGUGUCGUGGUUGCAUCGCUCUUCGUGAUAAGCAGGGGAGAUCCUUUCUUCACAUUGCGGUCAAGAACAAGGUCUACCGUAUAGUAAAAUAUGCUUGUCAAGAACGAGUUUUUGCGCCGAUACUGAACGCUCGGGACAAUGAUGGUUACACUGCACUACACGUAGCUGUGGAGGUUGGGGAUCUGUUCGUCUUCUGUUAUCUCUUGCGGAAUCCAAAAGUACUAUUAAAUGUAAGGAACAACAAGGAUGAGACUCCGCUGGAUCUAGCAAGGAGCAAGAAACGCACAAGUUUUUACUUUAGACAGAAUCCAGAGAUCGUGAUACACAGGACACUCAUCGAUGCUGGUGCUAGGCAUGGUAGCUUCUGGAGAGGUCAUGUUCAACAACUCUGCAUUCAGAAUCAGUUGUCAAACUUAAAAGAUGUGGAGAAUCAAUCAAAAGAAGUGGUUGAGGCGAACCAUAAGAAAAAAGAGAAAAAAGAGAAAAAAGACUCAGAUGAGGUGACUGAAUCGAGCCGGGCACUUGGCAUUUUAUCAGUACUCAUCACAACGGUGACAUUUGGUGCAGCCUUCAGCGUACCUCCUUCAAUCAAACAAGCCGACAAUAGCAAGGGUGACAAUCCAAGACUUUUCAAUGCCUGGUAUUUCAGUGUGUUCAUGCUCGCCAACGCAGGUGCUUUCGUCUACUCCUCAAUAGCUACACUUUGUCUCAUGAUCUCCAGCACGUCCAUGGUUAAACUGGAUAUCCGGCGAGCUGCCUUCAGGAUAUCCACGUUUUUCGCCUCACAUUCGCUCACCUACUUGACUAUUGCAUUUGCCCUUGGCAUACAUAUAGUACUGGCUCCAGCAGGUCGUACAAUUGCCCCUGCCAUAUACACGGUGAGCUUAUCUCUGUUGCUCUGGCAGCAUGGAGGUUCUGUCGGAGAAAUCUUUCAUACUUACAAACCGCUGUCUGUCAGACGGGGGCAUAAAUUCGCAUUCUGCCUAUUUAUACGCCAUAUCUCUCUGUGGGCUAUAAGUCAGCUUUGGCCCUUCACUCUUUUUAUUUACGCAUCAGCGGGAAAUAAACCUAUCCCUUGA